AUGCCUCAAGCAAGCACAUUCGGAUCGCACAGUCUAGAAGCUCAUCCCUUACACAUUCAGCCAGCUGUUCAUAUCAAACUCAGUAAAGAGGAAAGGUCUCACUACAGGGAGCAAUACGAUUCAUUAAAGUAUAUUUCAAAUUAUGUUUCUGUUUUCGACCAAGCGUUAAGCGACAAUAUUGACUCUAGGAUUAGAAAAGAAAAUGAAGCCUUACUGAAAAAAUAUUAUGAAUCAAGAAAACCUUUUACUUUUACCAGCUUUAGGCAAGGAAGUGUAAUCAGUUCUUCUGAUUCUUCUACAGGCUUCACUGAGAGAACAAAGACCUACUGUUUUUUGAACGAUUUCGUCAGUAAUUGCGUAAAUGAGGUAGAUCCAUAUACGCUGAAAAUGACAGUAAGAAAUAGAAACACUGCCUUGAAUAUGGAGAACCUCGAUGAUGAACGUAAGAGCAAAGAUGAUAUAUACGAUUUUGAAGAUAAUACUGACGACGAGUGUAAUGCCAAGUGCCAUGGUGCUUUCCAUUAUUCGUCAGAAAGAUUGGAAAUUCUUCGCUCACGUUCGACAAUAUCGUACUUUAAGUAUUAUAAAAAGCUUUUGACGGUAGACCUAAGGGACAGUGAUGUUUUAAAAAGGCAUAAUUUAUGGAUGCCAAUGAUCACUAGAAGAUUUAGAUUUUUAUUAGUAUCAAGUUCGAAACCGGAAGAUGUAAGGUUAACAACGCCGAUUCCAACAUUCUCGGAAUCAGAUUUAGACAUUUUCAAGAACAAGACAUGUCCACUCUUUAUCAAUGGUACAGACUGUGUUCCUAGAAGUUAUGACACUUUUUCGGGUUCUUCUGUAAUCGCUUCAAUAUUUUCAGAAUAUAAACUUCCAUCCCUUUCAUAUCAUUGUUCUGUCGAGUUGAACGACCAAUUAUUUAUUGUCGGUGGUUUGAUGGCAUGUCAUAGAUAUGAUGAGGAAGCGCCUGAUCUAAAGGAUUUUUACGUGGAUGGCAUAAAGAAUUUACCGCCACCACUAAUACCAGAGCUAAUUAAUAACCCAUCCAUGAUUCCUAAUCCUCACUUGUACUGUUUUUCCUUGACUUCUUCCAGACUAACAAGACCUGAUAUUUCUGGUUACAUUCCGCCCCCACUGGUGUGCACCCAGGGCUGUAAAUUAACUGAAAGGCAUAUCUUUUUGUAUGGCGGGUUUGAAAUCAAGUCGGAAACCCAAGUUGAUGAUAAGGGAAGAUAUUUUAUAAGAAAAAGAGCUUUUUUGAACAAUACUGGUUACAUUCUAGAUACAGUGACGUUCAAUUUCUCAAAGAUUGAAUUAGUCGCUCCUCCGUACCAGUUUGCAAUUUACAAUAAUUUCUCGCCAAGAUUUGGUCACAUGCAGGCAUCAAUAAGUAAUUCCAACAACAAUGUAUCCAAUGAAAAUACCACAACAAGUGCGAAAGGAAGAAGGUCGAUAAGCCCAUAUCGCCAAGGUAAUGGGGAUCACAAAAUAGAUGAUUUGGUUGGUUCACCAGGAAGUACGGACUAUUUAGAGGAUGAUGCAAUUCCACCUGUAACAAACCCAAGGUCUACAGAUAGUCUCUCUUCCAAACAUUGUAGCACAGCAACACACAUUUGCUCAUCUGUUAAUACCAUUCUGAUCUUUGGAGGGUAUAGUCAGACUGGUGACGACAAGUAUGAAGCUAUGAAUGACAUGUGGAAGAUAAAUAUCCCUGUAGUUUCUCGUGGGAAACGUAAUUAUUAUAAAUUUGCAGAUACUGUAACUGCUACUAAGAUCCCUAUUAUUGAUGAUCCAGAAUUAUGGCCGAGCAGAAGAGCCUUUUCAGCGUGCUGUGUACCAGAUUAUUUUACCAAGGAUGUUGAACCCAUAGAAACGAGAUUACUGAGGAACUUGAAAAAUGACUUCUCCAUCGAUUUGGAAAUACGCCCAGGAAAUAAGCCUUCUCAACCACUUUUUCCGAAUAUCCCACAUUCAAGGAAGGAGAAGAAGAGUGGUCGCGAUAGUAUGCAUAUUUCCAAUUCUAAUAAUAGUACUAGUGAAGACACUUCUUCAAAGUCUACCAGGAAUACCACAUCCAGUCCUCCCACAAGCCCUAAACAUACACCACCAUUGAAUCCAUCAAAAAAAUGUGCAUCAAUCGGAAGAACUAUUGCGUUCCACGGAGGUUCAGAUGGCUAUGACGUUUGCAGCGAUAUGUGGUGGUUUGACUUCGAUUCCGAAACCUGGACUAAAAUAGACCUUUAUGCCAAAACACAAGAGGAAUCUGAUGGUUUGGUACCUAUCAACUUAUGUAUGGUAGGACACUCAAUGACAACUGUAGGCCACAAGGUUGUGCUUAUCGGGGGUCUACGACAAGGUGAUGUUGACCGAAUAUACCGGGACGAAACUCUUCCUGAAGAAGUAAUAUCGGGUGUUCCACUCGGAAGUGGCGUUAUAAAUGUCGUGGAUUUAAAUACACAAUGCCUUCAAGGUUGCAAGCUAAUACGAAAUGAUGGAGAUACUAAAGAAUCUGUCAUUAUGGAUCCUCAUGUCGGCACACCCCACCAAGUAUUGGCCGUCGCAGGUACUAUAGAACUGGUCAAAGGAACCAUGACCUUAAUAGGAGGUGUAGUAGCCGGUCGCGAAGACAUUUCGAGCCUUUACUUGAGAGGAGCUGUCUUACAAUUCAUUCUACCAAGCAUGAAUCUAGCCAACUAA